AUGGACUCCGAGGGCUUUUUCGGCCCAGGUGUGGCUGAAAGCUACGAUGCCAAGAUCUUUACGAUAGCAACACUUCUCGGUGGGCACCUGGUCUACAAUACCGUGAAGAUCAUCGACCAACAGGCAGUGAACCUCCUGGAGAUGCUGGCCCGUCGGGCGCAGCUUUUUCGAACCCGAACAUCUACCGAACCAGCGAAUCUCGACACGCCCGAAUUCCUCAGCGUGAGAAGCUUCCCUCCGUUGACAUGGGUGGUAGAGGACUUUGUGCAGGAGUUCCCGGAGGCGCAUGCGUACUCUUCCGAUCCGGCUACCGCCUGGCUCAGGUCGUACUUGUCCUAUGCCAAUGAUACUUCAGGAGACGAAGUGCACAUUCUCUCAAAAUUGUACAGCGACGUGAAGGUGAAGACACUGUUUUUGCCAGCGACUUCCAAGCCAGAGCUGCAGGAUUUAUCGAAACUCCAAUGGUCCCAGCUCACGCCCGAAUUCAAGAAGGAACUCGGAGAGUUGAAAACGCACGUCCUGGGGAGCUUGCAAGCUCGGUCCUUCGAGGGCGAGCCUAUGACGGGCCGCACCUUGGAAAGGUCGCUGCGCUUCAUUGUGCAGGGUCUGCAGCGCGGCAUGUUCCACGAGUUGCCAUCCCUCUGGACGACUUGGACACAGCAGGUUGCAGAGAUGUCUUUGCAGGAUGCGGAUACUUGGUUUUCGUCGCUCAUGUCGAGCAUCGACCAGAGCGAAGACCCUAUUCCACUGCGAGACUUCAACGACAAGGUGGAGGAGGCAAGGACCAGGUCAGUUCAGUUCUACAUGGAGCUUCUGCGAGACUUCGAUGUAAGCCCGGACAUUCCUGAGCUCCGCAAACGAAUGGCCGUGCACUUUCAGCACAAGCUCCUCCUCUACCACGAGCGAAUACAGCGAUGGACCAACGAGGCCAUAGUCAAGGAAAAGGAAUCCUUCGGCCGGUCACUAACGGCGCGCGAGCUUCCUUUUGAUCCGGAUCUCUUCCGGAAGACCGGGGAGGAGGGUAUCCGGAAGACGGUGGCUGGUUUCAGUACGAAGCUUCAGGUCUUCGCAGCGCGGGGGCAAAAUCCAGUUCACGGCAAGGCAGCCUCUAUGCCGGCCUUUGCGCAGGACCCGGCGAGCCAGCUUAGUGUAGACUUGCACACAAUGCUGGGUGCCCGUGAGCUGGAGAACGAGCGGGAAAUAUUGCAGCAUUUCAAAGCAGCGGUGGCGGCUGCUGAUGAGGCAGUUGACCGUGAGCUGAAGCUGGUGGGCAACAAGCUGUUGGGCAAGUCGCAACUUAAAGAGCUGCAGUCCAUAGUGCAAUUGCGCUGCUGGCAGGCCUUUGAUGACAAACUGGCCGGACACAAAUGGAUGAAGCUGCUCAGCCAUCACAAAACCCAUAAGGCUCUGGUGCAGACAGAGACCUACGAAAACCGGAUGACUCGUUUCACCGCAGCCAACGACCAGAGGCUCAGUGCACACUUCCGGGCAGCCUUAGAGCGCUGCGUCAGCUCCUACAAGACACGUAAGACCAACUUAGCCAUGCCCUCCUCGGAGUCGGACCUCGCCGCGGAGCACCGGCAGCUGGCGGCGAGCAUUCGGGAGAUGUUGGAUGAGCAGGGUCGUGAGCUCCAAGAUACCGAUGCGCACCGCGGUGCCCUGAGAAGCCUGGAGUCGGUUCUGGACGAGGGCUUCGUGCACAUCAAGCAGAAGAACAUCGAGCUUUGGAAGGUCCACUCGGACGAAGCCACGCGCUGCGCCUUGAAGGAGAACCAAGCCGCCGAGAAACACUGCCGCUAUGUCUGCCUGUUCACCCGCGUUUUCGAAGAUUGGUACAACAAGGACUUGGCCCAUGAUGUAGCAACUGUCUGGACCAACUUCUACCUUUUCCUCGGCACACCGAUCAUCGGAAUCCUGGUUCUCUGCUUCGUCAGUGGCUGUGGACGUUCAUUCAGGCAGCCCCAGCAGCCGCCCACUUUCUACAGCAACACGCCGGGACCACAGUAUGUCCCGGAUCCCUGGCGCCGGCACGUGGGCAUCAAAGUCUUCCAGGGCGAGCGUGAGAUGGCGGCAGACAACCAGAUGUUGGGGCAGUUCGACCUGGUCGGGAUCCCCCCAGCACCUCGGGGGGUGCCCCAGAUCGAGGUGGCCUUUGAUAUCGAUGCGAACGGCAUUGUGAAUGUCAGUGCUUCCGACAAGGGAACGGGCAAGAAACAGGCCAUUACCAUCCGGUCCAGCGGCGGACUCUCCGACUCCGAGGUGGAACGCAUGGUCCAAGAAGCCGAGCAGAUGCGAGAAGCCGACCAGAGGAAGAAGGACACUGUGCAGGCGAAGAAUGAGGCCGAGACUCUCGCCUACCAGGCAGAGAAGCAGCAGACGGACCUCAAAGACAAGAUGAGCACCGCAGAUGCGGAUGAGCUGAAGAAGCUCACGGAGGAUCUCCGGGCGUGCCUCGCGAACGACGAUGCCGACCUGGAUGACGUGAAGCAGAAGACCAAGGAGCUCCAGGAAAAGGUCUGGAAGGUCACGCAGCAGGCUUAUCAGCCGCGACCCCCCGACAAUGGUGAGAAGCACGACCCCAUCCGGAAACAUCGGCUCGAGAGCGGGAGGCGAACCGGUGCCCGGAAGAUCACACUGACUCCACUCACCGAUCCCGACGCCUUUGCACGAGGUUGGGCCAAGCACCCGGUGGCGCGCACGGGACCGCGAUUCACCAUCGGCCGGGCCGCUCUCUCGACGAACGGCAGUGGUGACCGGAAGACCUGGAUGGAUGCCGCCAUCAAGGAGAAGGUUUGGAUCCCGGGUCCUGGAGCGCACGCUACGGAGCGCAGUUUCUACAACUCGGAUAAUCACGAGAUGGAUGCGAAGAGGUGUGUGGAGGACGCCAGACCGGACUACUCCUUCAGCAGAGCGACGUGGGAGCCAGCUUUGACACAGGCCGAGGUCAAGCCAAAGAGGAACUCCUUCCGCUAUCCGAAGUUCGAUCCCUGGUUCACUCCAGGUCCAGGAGCCCACACCCAGUUCACCGUGUUCGAUAACAGCAUCGGCAGCAGCAAUGCACGGUCGGGCUAG